GCUGAUCAGUCACCCAUACCAUACUGAAAUUCGUAUCGAUAUUACUGAUCUGCUCACCCGUACCAUACUAAUAUUGAUCUGCCAAACACCUGAUCAUAAUACAUGUUCUGCAGGGCAAGAAAGUCGGAAUAAAACAUUUGGAAAACGAAAUCCAGAACCAGUACAA